CGGCGAUCAAAGAUAUUUUUGUAAUAGCGUAGGUAUUCAUACAUCCACCCAUGCAGUCAAUGUUGAUUCUACAUGGAAGUUCUAUGCCUACACCGCCCCCUACGUGGAUGUUCGUCCCUCGCGAGAUCGUCGUAGCUUUUCAUAAAUCUCGCAGUGAUGGCUGCGCCGCCCGAUGCGGAGAGUUUGGAGUCUCGUAUCAACAAAGCUACUAACCCUCUGAACAGAGAGACAGACUGGAGCAGCAUCCAUGCCUUCUGUGACCAGCUUAACAAUGAACUGGAAGGGCCUCAGUUGGCUACCAGACUCCUGGCCCACAAAAUCCAGUCUCCUCAGGAGUGGGAGGCCAUGCAGGCUCUACUGGUUUUGGAAACCUGUAUGAAAACUUGUGGGAAAAGGUUUCACAGUGAAGUGGGAAAGUUCCGGUUUCUAAAUGAACUCAUCAAAGUAGUGUCUCCAAAGUACCUGGGCUCACGGUCACCAGAGCCAGUAAAAAAGAAGGUUUUGGAGUUGAUCUAUAGCUGGACUCUGGGGUUACCUGAGGAGAUAAAGAUCUCAGACGCUUACCAGAUGCUGAAGAAACAAGGAAUUAUCAAACAAGACCCAGAGCUACCACCUGACAAACUCCUGAAACUUCCUCCGUCAAGACCCAAGAACGCCAUUUUUGAGGAUGAGGAGAAAUCAAAAAUGCUUCUUAUCAAGGAAAUGGUCCAAGAGGACCAAAGACGAGCAGAGAAGGUGUCCAAAAGAGUGAACGCCAUUCAGGAGGUGAAGGAGAGCGUCUCCCUGCUGACUCAGCUGCUGCAGGAGUGGGACAGCAAUGCCAGCGACCAGAGCAACGCCGAGCUGCUACAGGAUCUGUUUUAACGCUGUGAGAAACUGAGACCCACUCUGUUCAGACUGGCAAGUGAUACGGAGGACAACGACGAGGCUUUAGCGGAGAUCCUGCAGUAAAACGACAGCCUGACCCACGUCAUCAACCUCUACAAACAGCAGGUGAAGGGGGAGAUCGUGAACGGCACCAAUGCAGUCAACGCGCAGAAACAAACUGCACUGCUCGACCUGUCAGGACUGGACACGUCACCUCAGUCUCCCCCGUCCUUCCCAGAAUUCCCCACCCCGACAGACCACGCCGCCUCACAUGAGAUGGGGAUCAGUCUCCUUGAUGAUGAGCUAAUGUCACUGGGUUUAAGUGAGGGGACACACACCUCCAACCCCCACUCACAGCCGGAAGAUUCCACAGCCUGGGACUCUUUUCAGUCCUCUGAAAGCAUAGAUGCAGACGUCGCAGCGGCACCAAGUCUCCUCCUGAGUCCAGACCCUCCCUCUCUGUCACAGCCCCUCUCCUCUGGCUCCACUCCUGGGAACUCUGCCCUGGAUGAGCUGGACCUGCUGGGAAAGACGCUGCUGCAGCAGUCCCUGCCACCAGAGGGCCUUCAGGUCAAAUGGGACAAGCAUCAGUCCAAACCAACACUGAGAGAUCUCCAGAGCAAGACCAGCUCCCACAUUACACCAAACCCUAUCCCAACUUUUUCUUCUGAACCAGCAGCUCCUCAACUCAACUCUCAGCCCGGCCUCGGUGCCACGCUGCUGGACGUGAGCCACACUCACCCUGAGACGGCUCCGACUGAAGUCUCACUGACAGAUGUUUUUAUACCAUUAGAAUCCAUUAAACCUAGUAAUCUUUUACCUGUCACUGUGUUUGACAAACACAGUCUGCGGGUUCUCUUUCAUUUUGCACGGGACUCGCCUCCGUCCCGCCCCGACGUCCUGGUGGUGAUCAUCUCCAUGCUGUCCUCCGCCCCCGUCCCCGUCUCGAACAUAAACUUCCAGACCACAGCUCCAAAGUCUAUGGCAGUGAAGCUACAGCCUCCGUCAGGAACUCAGCUCUCAGCCUUCAACCCCAUCCUUCCUCCUGCUGCCAUCACACAGAUCCUGCUGCUCGCAAACCCUAACAAGGAGAAGGUGCAGCUUCAGUACACACUAACCUUCACCAUGGGAGAACAGGAGCGCACUGAGAGCGGCAGCGUAGAAGAGUUUCCAUCUCCGGACACAUGGGGGAGUCUAUAGCACUGAGAGACCAAACCAAACAGCACCAGACAGACUCUGCCUUCACACUUCUGCUUCUUUUUCUCCUAAAAGACUCACCACAUAGGACACUUCUCCUUGGUAAUCCCAGUACGUCGUCUCUGACCGAUCUCGCUCUUGACUCACUUUAUUUACGGCACCCACGCUCCGUCCGUGUAAUGUUCGUUACGCUUUGCUCCAAAUGAGACUAGACCCCAUGUGGCUGCUUUAAAACCAAUCAUGCACCUGCUCUCCCCGCAGCGUCCGAGUCUUGAUUCCUUUUUUUAACACACUGAAAAAUGAAGAGAGGAAAAAAGGUAAUGAGUGAUUGUUUGAUUUUUUUUUUUUUUUUUUUUCGUUUUUGGCGUUUGUUUCUUUAGGUUCUUUUUCCAGUUCCAUUGUUCGUUCUGUUAACUGUCACCUGUGCACACGCUGACAAUUGGGGCGAUGAUGAUUUACAAACGGCAGCACGUUGGUAGAGGACGAUGAGAACGUGUAAACACCUCUUGAAUGUUUGACAGAUGCGUCUCUUGACUUGCACAGAAUGAUUGUGGGCAGCGUUUUGUUAUGUCGCCAUUUGUGCCUAUUUUUCGCAGUUGUGAUUCCAUUUUAGCAACGGAUGAUUUGAACCUUUCAUCCAUUCUUCGUCUUAGACCUUGUUCCUUAUCCUUAGACACGAAGCUCCUAUGAUAUAUUCAGUUAAAUGUCUGAUCAUCUCUACAGCGUGUGAUUUAAGUUAGGAUUAUAGAAUCAAACGGAGCUGCUCAGUGCGUCUUCAACGCGUCCGACUCGUUUCUGACAGCGUGCGAUGCAUGUCGGCCACGCCGUCAGUUCUCAUCUCCACCGUCUCCACGUCCACCUUCAGCUGCACUCCUCUCUUAGUACGACUGCUCUGUAAAUACAAAUGAUGGCAGUUCUGUUGUGUACAUUUGACUUGUUCAACGUGAAAAGAACAUAACACUGGUAAACUAUUUCAACUGGGUAAUAAAGUUUUUUUUUUUCUUGGUGAC